CCAGAUGUUUCGGUCUCCGAGACCAUAUAAAGCGAAAUUCAACUAGUUUGCGGCAGUCUCAUUAAAAAUAGUGAAGAUAUAUUGGUAAACGCAGCGAUGAACCGAAGCGGGGUCGUAUCGAGUCUUGGAGGGCGAGAUAUGAUGUGGGACGAGCUGCCAUUUUCUGACGUAGAAUUUGAUUCGGAGGCCAGUGAUGACUAUGAGGCAGGACCAUCAAGAGAACGAGAAAUACUUGCCACGGUGGACGGACCAGGGGAGGAGAUAACGUGGAGCGAUAUUUUUAAAAAUUAUCAUUAUUACAUAUCGAAAGAGUUCGAUUCGGUUAAGAGAAAAUGCCGGAAUGGCAUACCGCCGGAAGUCAGACCGGAAGCGUGGUUUUGGCUGUCCGGUGGUCAGACUUUGAUGGAAUUAAAUCCAGACCUUUUGCCACUAUUGAUGGAGCAAAAAGCAUCCGCACAAGUCACCGAUGAUAUAAAAAAAGAUCUUCAUAGACUAUUCCCCGAUCAUGCGCUCUUCGCUGAUGGCGGGCCUGGUCAAAAACAACUAUUGUUAAUAUUACAAGCUUAUUCUCUUAGUAACAAAAGAGUUGGAUAUUGUCAAGCCCAAGGACCGGUCGCCGGUUUUAUUCUCAUGCAUAUGAAAUCAACGUAUGCAACCUUUUAUGCUUUCACCUCAAUCUGUGAAAAUUUUCUCGCUGAUUAUUACAAACCAGGCCUGGAGCGCCUAAAGCAAGAUGCACAGUUUUUGUACUCUGUUUUGGAAAAAUUAUCACCGAUCUCCUAUCAACAUUUGAUUGAUCAAGACAUUGAUGCAAUGUUCUUCAUUCCUGAAUGGUUCAUGUGCGCGUACACGCGCACAUUGCCACCGGAAAGUUUAGUUCGUGUCUGGGACAUGUUUCUCUGCGAGGGAUUUUCGGUGAUCCUCAAAGUUGCUCUAGCAUUGAUAAAAGGUUGCUUCGAAGAUUCGUCGAUAAGAAACCGCUGUCGCGAGAUGUAUGAAAGUCUCGAAAUAUUAAAACGUCUACCCAAUCAAGUAGUCGAUGAGGAGACUUUGAUGGCUGAGGUCCGACGAAUUGAUUUAAGGCCGCACGGUUACUACUAGGCAGCCAUGAAACAACCGUUUUGAGUUCUGUAUAGGAACAAGGUGACCGCAUCCACCGUAAACGGGCUGGCUGAUGAGGAAGGAAAAAUAAAAAUAAAAGAAUAAUUGAUAAAGAAUGAGCGAAGAAAGGAUAAAUAAAGAACUUUGAAGUUUGAAGGAAAACAA